AUGAGAGAAGUUAUUUCAGUUAACGUGGGACAAGCCGGAUGUCAAAUCGGUAACUCGUGCUGGGAACUUUAUUGUUUAGAACACGGAAUUACACCAGAUGGAUAUCUACAAGAAGGAUUAACAAAGCCUAAGGGAGGCGAGGAAGGUUUUUCGACGUUCUUUUCGGAGACUGGUGCUGGUAAGUACGUUCCGAGAGCACUAUAUGUCGAUUUAGAGCCAAAUGUUGUUGAUGAGGUUAGAACGGGCAAAUACAAGAAUUUAUUCCAUCCAGAACAACUUAUCACGGGUAAGGAGGAUGCAGCCAACAAUUAUGCAAGGGGCCACUACACGGUCGGAAGGCAGAUUCUCGAUGAUGUUUGCGAUAGGGUCAGAAAGAUGGCAGAGCAAUGUAAUGGUUUGCAAGGUUUCCUCUUUACACAUUCUCUAGGAGGAGGUACAGGUUCUGGACUUGGAUCCUUGCUGCUUGAGCAAUUUUCCAACGAUUACGGUAAGAAGGCCAAGUUGGAGUUUGCCGUUUACCCGGCACCUCAAGUGACAACAUCCGUUGUUGAGCCUUACAAUACUGUUUUGACCACUCACACAACGCUUGAAAACGCUGAUUGCACGUUUAUGGUUGAUAACGAGGCCAUCUACGACAUGUGCAGAAAGAAUUUGGGAAUUGUUCGUCCAAGUUUCGACAACUUGAAUUCACUAAUUGCCCAGGUGAUCUCUUCUGUGACUGCAUCCUUGCGUUUUGACGGUUCUUUGAACGUCGAUUUGAACGAAUUCCAGACCAACUUGGUUCCAUACCCAAGGAUUCAUUUCCCAUUGGUUUCCUACGCUCCAGUGUUGUCCAAGUCACGUGCUACCCACGAGUCAAACUCCGUUUCUGAGAUUACUGCGGCAUGCUUUGAGCCUGGCAACCAGAUGGUGAAGUGUGAUCCAAGAUUGGGCAAGUACAUGGCAACUUGUUUGUUGUACAGAGGUGAUGUUGUGAACAGAGACGUCUCGAACGCUGUGACAAACAUCAAAUCGAAGAAAACAGUGCAAUUGGUCGACUGGUGCCCAACCGGUUUCAAGAUUGGUAUCUGCUACCAGAAACCAACCCAGCCACCAAACUCGGAGAUGGCCGAUGUUAACAGAGCCGUCUGUAUGCUUUCUAACACCACUGCAAUUGCUGACGCUUGGCAGAAAAUCGACAGAAAGUUCGAUCUCAUGUACAAGAAGAGAGCCUUUGUCCAUUGGUAUGUUAGUGAGGGUAUGGAAGAGGGUGAAUUUGCCGAGGCCAGAGAGGAUUUGGCUGCUUUAGAGAGAGACUACGUUGAAUUGGGUGCUGAUUCAUUCCCUGAUGAAGACGAGGAGUACUGA